CCUGCACUAUAUAUACACAUCUACACAUAAUAUACAUGUGUAUAAGAUAUUUAUUUUUAUUUGUAAAAAAAAUAACAUUAAUCGUCAUUGUGGAUUAGAGAAUAACAAGAGCAAAAUGUGGAAAUACGGAGAUUUCCUACCAUCGUUACUCUCUUCAUUGUCUCCGACAGCUCCUCAAGCGACGUCACAUGAUCUUUCAGAUUCCAGCCUCAACCAUUACAAAUACUGGUUCCCUGGAGUAUCAACAUCCUCGUCAUCGUUAGUGACACCUCCAUCGCAGUCAUCCCCAUCAUCGACUACAUCAUUCUUUCAGUCGUCACCAGCAAUUCCACCGCACAAAAAUUGCGAGAAAAUCUGGAGACCCUACGAAGAGCCAACGGAGGAAGAUUGGCUGAAGGACGCAACGUGGACGAUUAAUGAUCAGGCGAGGAAGAACACCCCCCUGUCUUAUGCCACAUUACCUCAGGGACUUAUCUUCUACCCAUCCUCACCCAACUACAACACGAUGGGCGUCUGGACGACGAAGCCGAUAAUGAAGGGCUCAAGGUUUGGACCUCUGAAGGGAAGGAUUAUUUCAGAGGGAGAGAUGUUGAGUUUGAAAAGGGGAGUGUGCUAUCGAAGUGAUCUGUGGCCGAUCUUCUCCUCUCCCCAGUCCAUCACGAUCUCACACUACCUGGACACAUCGAACUUGAUAGCCAGCAAUUGGAUGCGAUUUGUUUCCUUCUCGAGUCUGAGCAGUAGCCAAAACUUGCUGGCCUGUCAGUUCCAGGACUUCGUCUACUUCUUUGCCACUGAGGACAUUCCGCAAGGAGCUGAACUGCGCGUUUGGUUCCAUCCUCAAUAUAUGCACAGGAUUCUUCACUCCAGCUACAUUCACUACCUUUUAAAAGACGAAAAAACGUCAUCUCAUAAUUUUCCAUUGAAACAAAAUAUAAAAGAAGAAAAAGAAGAUCCGCCAACAACGACGCCACCGAGUGAACUCCCGCCAAUCAGCACCGACUCCAAAAAGUGCACCGAACCGCAACUGAAAGGAAAAGGACACUCGUCCUUGGGCUACGAGUUACGUAGAGUCGACGGAAAGUUAAUCUACGAGUGCAACUUCUGCAAGAAGAUAUGCGGUCAGCUGAGCAACUUGAAGACCCACCUCUUCAUUCACACCGGAGAACGACCCUUUGCAUGUCCACACUGCAACAAGACCUUCACACAGAAGGCACAUUUGGACAAGCACAAACUGACGCACCUCAGAUCCAAGCAUUAUAAAUGAUCACAACGUGACAUCUCUCGAACAGUUUUUUUUAUUUAUUUUUGAAAUUUGUUUUGUUUGCUGCUAAAUUUUUGUAAAGUUAUUUUUUUGAAAUAAUUUUUUUAAAUUGU